AGGGGAGCAGCCGCAGAGCCCGGUGGGGAGGCUGCGUAGUUGGGAUUUUAAUACUAUCAGUAUUUUUUUAUUUUGAAAUUGAUCACGCUACCUCAGUUAAAUUUUAAUGGAAGGCAAAGACAAGCAUAAGGAAUGGGCUCACUGACUUCUCUUGUUAUCGUGGAUAUCUGGAUGUAUUAGUUCGUGGAUGUUGCAUGUGCAUAUGUGGUUAUAAAUUGAAAUGUGCGACGAUAUCAGAGACAGGUGGCAUGCUGGAGCGAAGUGUUUUGCCCCAUCUCCUGAAAGUGGGAAUCUUUGUGAAGCCACAAUAAAGUCAGUUGAAACAGACAAGAAUGGGAAAUCAUUUGCAAUUGUAUCAUUUUGGGGAUCUGAAGAAAAGAACAUAACAACAAAACUCUGUAAAGCCAGAGCUGGUAAAGAUCCCCAGAAUAGCUUAAUAUUUGAUGAUGAAGAUUUAGAAAAGCCUUAUUUCCCUGACCGAAGGCUUCCAUCUCCUGCAGUUGCUUUUGAGUUAUCUGUAGAUGGGGACUGUAUCCCUUAUACAAUUAAUAGGUAUCUGCGUGAUUAUCAAAGAGACGGGGUUCAGUUUCUCUAUGGACACUAUGCUCGUAAAAGAGGAUGUAUUCUUGGAGAUGACAUGGGACUUGGAAAAACAAUACAGGUCAUUUCAUUUCUGGCUGCAGUACUAUGCAAAAAGGGAACACGUGAAGAUAUUGAAAACAAUAUGCCAGAGUUUUUAUUGAGGACUGUGAAAAAAGAACCACCAUGUAUCCCCAAAAAGGUAUCGAUUUUAAUUGAUAGACUUUUUUUUGAUGACAUAAAAGCUGAUACUGUUUUAUUACUAAUAGCUUACUUGCAGUGCGAAAAAUAUGUUUGCAUACACUAGGUUUUAGGGUGUUUAUAUAGUUUGCAUGUGGAAAUAGAGAUGUUCAUGGAUUUUAGAUAAUGCAAGUCAACCUCCUGGUUUUCUUAAAACAGACAAUGCAGUAUGUAGGUCUAGCAUUUAUUUAUACCAAAAUGUGAAAACUCAAUAGGAAAAUUCAUCCGGAUGAAGCGAAUGAUCUAAGUAGGUAGUGAAGCCAUUGUCCGUGAAAGGAGAAUUAAAUGUUAUUUGAUUAUGCUUUAAUACAUAGUAUAUUGCAUACUGAAACUGUUAAAAAACAUUAUUUAAGUUGCAAAGUCAAGCACUCGAAAGUUAGGAAAUGCUAGUGGAACCUUAACUCUUCCAUGUGUGUCCUUUUUUGUACACUGAAUGAGGCAGGAGUCCUAUGGAAAACUGCAUGUGAUCAUGUAAUUAAGAUCUAUGAGCAAUGGAAGCAAGAAAAAGAAAAUGGCUCAUAUCAGGAGAACCUGAGUGUAAUUUCAUGAGACAAAGAAAAAGUAUUUCUCCAGCCUACGGCUUUCUCUUUGAUGGAUUUCAAAAUCCUGCUACAAAUGGUAGAGGUUUUAGUGUGUCUCAAAAAAGAUGGGAAGGAUCUUUUAUAGUAGAAAGUACUAGGCAACCUAAAUGUAGGGAUAACUAUUGACUCCCUUUAUAAUAACUGUUACAAGUUGAUAGGUCUUUUGGUGGCUCAAAAUGACAUUAUUAUAUCAGUGAAGUGUCCAUAAGCUAUAAAAUGUUGAAUGGUAGACAGAUGAUGAUUUUAGAAGUGAGGUUAUAUGAUUUCCUGUAUAAUCUGUUAUAAUGUUAGCAAAUACAUAAUUAUCUAAUAGUUUAUUUUAAAUGUAAGACCUUCAUAUGCCUACAGUGAAAGACCCUGAUUUUCAUUUGACUGAGUUGCAGGAACCAUCUUAAACCUUUAAACCUUUUAUUUAAAUUCUUAACACCUACAUAUUUUUAAUGGUUGGUUUGUGGAUCCAUCUUCC